AUGGACCUUUAUCUCGCUGUUUACCCUGCCAUCGUACUCGCAAAGCUCCAGAUGAAUAUCAAGAAAAAGUUGGCCCUCUGUGGCGCGCUCGGCAUUGGCUGCGUCGGUUGCGUUGUUGCCGCAUACAAGUGCACGCGGCUUCCGGGGCUCGCAACAAGUGACUUUAGCUGGAAUACCUCACAGUUGGUCAUCUGGACCAGUGUGGAGGGUUCGACCAUCAUCAUUGCCUCUUGUAUCCCAAUCAUGCAGCCCUUGCUCAAGGCCAUCUCCACCCAUUGCCUCUCAACAGGCGGCCGAAACUAUCAAGACGGCCACCUGUACGCCAUUCAUGGAGCAGACACUCCCGGUGUUCAACUUUCAUCGGAGAUGGGUAAGCCGAGUAAAUGGCGCUCACGGGCUAGAGUCAGCGCGAGACAUACGACGGAGGUCGACAGCCAAGAGAGCAUCCUCCGUGACGAACAACUACCGGUGCAGGCACCGAGGCAUUCGGGAAAGCGUCUAAGUCGUGGAUGGAUAGAACGUACAGAUGAGGUGACUGUCACGUCGUCCUGGGGUGACGGCGGGCCUGGGCGCGAUACGAAGAUGCCUUGGGGCUGA